UUAUAUGUAUAUCUAAAUAUGAACAACUAGGCAAAUUGGCAGACAGCAGCACAAAGUAGAGACGCCAAAAGGCCUAACGAUUUAUUUGCAAAACGUCGGUAGGUCUUGAGACAACAAAAUAUUGGGAAAUGACGCUGCAACUGCAAAUUGAGAAGUUGAAAGGCUUGGAUAAUUACAAAGCGUGGUCGAUGACGGUGCGUGCGUAUUUGGAGUCCGAAGAUCUAUGGACGGUUGUUGAAAACGGACCGGAGAACAAUGAAGAGUCACUGCUGAAGGAUAAACGAGCCAAAUUCCUGAUACUCUGCUUGAUAGAAACAAAGCUAUGCCAGUUUAUGGUAAGCAUACGCACGGCCCGAGACCUUUGGAAUUAUUUGCGCACUCAACAUUCGCUUCGUUAGGGAGUCUGGAUUUUCUGUGCGAAAUCGAGAAAAGAAACCAAUAAAAAGAUGGCAUGAAUAUUGGCACCAGCA